GUGCAUUUCGUAAUCGUUUUAUUGAAUUACAUUUUGAUAAUUUACCGCAAGAUGAAUUAGAAAUAAUUAUUGAAAAAAAAUGUCAAUUACCAAAAUCCUAUUCAAAAUUAUUAAUCCAAACAAUGAUUGAUUUACAAAAAUAUCGUUCACAAAAAGGUAUUUUUGCUGGUAAAACAAGUUUAAUAACAUUACGAGAUUUAUUUCGUUGGGCACAACGUUACACAAAAUAUCAAAAUAAUUGUCAAAAUUAUAAACAAUUUUUAGCUGAACAUGGAUAUUUGUUAUUAGCUGGGAGAUCAAGAAAUUUUGAAGAUAGAAAUUUUAUUAAACAAAUUAUUGAAAAAUAUUUCUGUGAAAAAAAAAUGAUUAUUGAUGAAAAUGUUUUAUUUGGUGAACAAGGUAGUUCAUAUUCAACUGAACAAAUUUGGGCUCAAAUUAAAAAUAAUAAUCAAUUAAAACAUAUUGUUUGGACACAACCAUUAAGACGAUUAGCAAUACUUUGUGCAUUAUGUAUUGAAUUUGAUGAACCUGCUUUAUUAGUUGGAGAAACUGGAUGUGGAAAAACUACAAUAUGUGAGAUAUUAGCACAAAUAAAUAAACAAAAAUUAUUUACUAUUAAUUGUCAUACAACAACUGAAAGUGCUGAUUUUCUUGGUAGUAUUCGACCUGUUCGUCGAAAUGAACAAAAUUCUAAUUCGGAGAAUAAUAAUCCAGGUUUAUUUGAAUGGCAAGAUGGUGCUUUAGUAUGUUCAAUGAAACAAGGUGCUCUUUUUCUUAUUGAUGAAAUCUCAUUAGCUGAUGAUAGUGUUCUUGAACGAUUAAAUAGUGUUUUAGAACCGGAAAAAGAAUUAGUUUUAGCUGAAAAAGGUUAUAAUAAUGAAGAUCAACAUAUUGAUAUAAUAAAAGCUCAUGAAAAAUUUCGUUUAAUUGCAACAAUGAAUCCUGGUGGAGAUUUUGGAAAAAAAGAGCUUUCACCAGCAUUACGCAAUCGUUUUACUGAAAUAUGGUGUACACCUAGUGAAUCUAUUGAUGAUUUAUAUUCAAUUAUUGUGCAUAAUCUAACAAUAAAGAAUGAAGAUCAACGAAAAGAAUGCGCCACGCUGAUGUGUAAUUUCAUUCAAUAUCUUCGAACAAUAGCAACAACAAAACGUAUAUUAACAACUGUUCGAGAUAUACUUAGUUGGAUAUCAUUUAUAAAUUUAAAUACAAAUAAUUGGCAAUAUUCCUAUGAACAUGGUGCUUAUUUAGUUUUUAUUGAUGCAUUAGAUUCACAAUCAUCAUUAAAGCAAUCAAUUAUUGAAUUUGUAACAAAUCAACAGACACAAAUAUCGAAAUUAACACUAACAAUAGAAAUGAAUUCAAAUAAUUUAACAUUUGGUUCAUAUUCAAUUCCACGUGGAACAAUUAAUUCUAAUGAUAAAGAUGAAUAUAGUUUUAAAGCACCAACAACAUUAUCGAAUAUUCAACGACUAUUACGUGCAAUGCAAUUAACAAAUAAACCUAUUUUAAUUGAAGGUAAUCCUGGUGUUGGAAAAACAAGUUUAGUUAUGGCAUUAGCAAAAUUAGCUGGUUAUUCUUUUAUAAGAAUUAACUUAUCUGAACAAACAGAUAUAAGUGAUUUAUUUGGUUCAGAUUUACCAGAUGUUGAAAGUGGACAAGCUGGAAAAUUUAAAUGGCAUGAUGGACCUUUAUUAACAGCAAUUAAAACGAAUCAAUGGAUUAUUCUUGAUGAACUCAAUUUAGCUAAUCAAUCGGUAUUAGAAGGAUUAAAUGCAUGUUUAGAUCAUCGUGGUGAAAUUUAUAUUCCUGAAUUAAAUCGAACAUUUCAUAUUCAUGAUAAACAAACAUCUGUUCCAUUACGUAUAUUUGCUUGUCAAAAUCCAUAUGGACAAGUUAGUGGACGAAAAGGUUUACCAAAAUCAUUUUUAAAUCGUUUUACAAUUAUUUAUUUUUCAAUACUUGAAAGAAUUGAUUUAAAAAUCAUUUGUCAACAAUUAUAUGAACAAAUUUCGGAUGAUAUUAUUGAUAAAAUGUUAAAUUUUAAUGAAAAAAUUCAACAAGAAUUUAAUAUUAACCAAUGGGAUUUUAAUUUACGUGAUUUAUUAAAAUGGUGUCAAAUGUUUAAUGAAAAUAAUCUAAAUAAAUAUAAAGCAUUAAAUUUAAUUUAUAUUAAACGUAUGCGUACACAAAAAGAUCAAGAUCAGAUUAAACAAAUAUAUGAACAAACAACGGGAUGGAAUAUUCAACCAAUUGAAGUUGAUUUUCAAAUAAAUUCAAAAAUAUUACAGAUUGGUACAACUGUAUGGCCGCGUGAAUCUAUACGCCUUCCAACAUUAUCUUUAACUCAUCCAUUAUUAUUAAUGCGUCAUCAAUUAGAUAAUCUUUCAUCCAUAUUAGAAUGUUUAUCAUUAUCAUGGCCAAUACUUUUAGUUGGUCCAUCAUCUCGUUCAUCCAAAUCAACUUUAAUACAUCUAUUGUCAUGUUUAUGUGGUCAUCAAUGUCAUACAUUUGAAUUAAAUUCUUCUAUUGAUACAAAUGAAUUAUUAGGAAAUUAUGAACAAUUUAAUUUUCAACAAUAUGCUAAAUAUCAUUUAGAUUUAUUAAAACAAGAAUAUUACAAAAAAAAUCAAACAAAUCUAUUAAAUGAAAUCAAUUAUGAGAAUAAACAAAUAACAAUUGAAUAUUUAAAUGAAUUAAAACAAUAUUUACCAUCCAAUGAAAUUGAUAAAUUAAUAUCAAAAUAUUCACAAGAACAACAUUUUGUUUGGAUUGAAUCAAUCUUAAUAUGUUCAAUGAGACAAGGAGAUUGGUUAAUACUUGAAAAUGUUAAUACAUGUUCAUUAAGUGUUUUAGAUCGUUUAAAUUCAUUAUUAGAACCGAACGGACAAUUGAUCUUAAAUGAAGGUGGUGGACAAGGUUCAGUUAUAAAACCACAUAAAGAUUUUCGACUUAUUUUAACUAUGGAUCCAAAACAAGGAAAUGGAGAAAUUUCAAGACCAAUGAGAAAUCGUUGUUGUGAAAUUUAUAUUGACGGUCAACAAGAAUAUAAUCAUUAUGAUUCUAAAGAAUUAUUACAAGCUUGCCAAAUUUAUCAAGAAAAACAACAAGAAGAUUUUAUUCAAAUUCAUAAUAUACUUUGUCAAAAAGUAUCAACAUUUGCAUUUCAUAAUUUAAUUCGUGCAUGUUUAUUAUUCAAUGAAUUAUCUCAUACAACAAAUGAACCAUUUCGUUUAUCAAUAAAAACAGCAUAUCGAACAUUAAAUACUCGUUUAAAUAAUGAAAUUGAUUUAUUAAUUGAUGAAUUUCAACCCAAUUCAAUAUCUUCAAAUUUUCUUAUAUUUCCAACACGAAUAAAUGAUUUAUGUUUACAACCUGAAUUAACACUUUCAUAUAAACGAAAUCUUCCACUUUGGUCUUGUUCAUCUAAAGAUAAUUCAAGAAUAUUUCAUUUAUUAUUCUAUCGUUUUAUUGAAAAACUAUCAACGAUAUCAAUUGAAUAUGAUUUAUUUAUUUCCAAACAUCCACAACAAAUAAAUUUAAUAAAUUUAUCCAAAGAAAUUAAUAAUAUAAAUAAUAAUGUAUUAUUAAGAAUAUUAGUUGAACAUGAUUCUCUUACAAAACAAUAUAGAAAAAGUGUCAAAACAAAAUAUAUUGAUGAACAAUUAUUUUUUGAAAAUACAGAUGGACAAUUUUGGUUAGCUAUGAAAGAUUAUUUUCUCAGAGCUUUAUCUUCAUCUGAUUUAAUUAAUGAUAAUGACUUAUCAUUUUCAUAUUAUCGUUCAUGGCGUUGGUUUCUAUCAAUAAUUGAAUCACCAUCAACAAAUUUAAUAAAUCGUCGUCUUCAUUUGAUUAUUGCAUGGCCAUAUAUACGUUUACUUUUCUUAAUUCAUAUAGAAGAUUCUUUAUUUGUUGAACAAAUCAAACAAAUUGAUGAACAAUAUAUGUUAAUACAAAAUGAAUUUUUUCUUUUUUAUAAUCAUUAUCAAACUCAAAUACAUUAUUUGAUAAAAACAAAAUCGGAAUAUGAUUAUUUAUGUCGACAAAAACAAGUUUUUAAUCAAAUUGAUUUAUUUUUGGAUAAUAAAACCGAGAAAAAUAUAGAAAAAUAUUUACAAUAUUGGUUUCAUUAUGAAAAACAAUCAAUUUCAUAUUUUCAACAAUUAAAACAAACUGAGAAUUUUGAUUUAAAUAUUUUCAAUGAAAUUGAAACAAGUUGGAAUGAAUUAAAAUAUUCUACGACAAUAUUUGAUCGUGAUAUAUUAUUUUAUAAUACAUUUGAAUCGGUACUUUAUUAUAAUUAUCAAUGGAUCGAUUCAUAUAUUCAUCCAAAUACUUGUUCAUAUCCAUUUGUAUCAUUAACAAUUCCAUUUUAUAAUAUUGAAAAUCCAGAUGAAUAUUUUUGUCAAUUAAUAUCCUAUUCAAUAAAUCCAUUAAUCAAUGAAAUUUAUCUUGAAAAAUGGCUUGAACAAACAUCAUCAACAUCAUUAUUAUAUUAUUUUAAUAUUCGUUCAACAAAUGUACCAUUUGGUUUAUAUGAAAAAAUUCAUAAACAAAAUCAUUUCUGGUCAAAAUUCCUUUGGUUAAAUGGUUCAUUUUUACAAUGUAAUCGAUCAAAACUUGAAGAAUUUGUUCGAAAUUGUUUAGAAGAUAAUGAUUCUUCAAUUAAUUCUCAAAAUCUUUCAUUAGAAUUAAUUGAACAAAGUUUAAAUAAAAUUCAAUUAAUUCAACCACGUGGUGAAAUUGAUCCAUUUAUCUAUGAACAAAUAAUAAAUGAUUAUAAAAUCAAAUUUCAAUCGGAAAUAUCAUCGGAAUAUAAUUUACGUAUUGAAUAUCAACAACAAUAUGAAUAUUCAUUAAAUCUUACAAUUCAUCAAUGGGAAAAUCAGAUGAAAUUAAUUUUAAAUGAAAUACAAAUCGAACAAAAUGAUUUUUAUCGUUUUAAUAAUGAUCAAUAUCAAACAUUAAUUAUUUAUUUAACAAAACAAUUAAUUAAUGAAUUAUUAAAUAAAGAUUUUCUUAUUGAACAAAUUUAUAAGAAAAAAGAUAAGAAAAUUUAUCGACAAUGGAGAAAAAAUAUUGUGGAAUUUUAUCGAAAUAUAAUUUUAGCAGAAAAAUUUUAUAUUUAUAGAGAUGUAACAAUGCCUGUAAUGAAACAAAUCUUUCAAAUUAUUUUAGCAUUUGAUUAUCAUUUUCAAUUAAAUAAUGAAACAAAUAAAAAGAUUUUUCAUCUAUGUAUUUUUCCAUUUGAAUUAAAUCAUUUCAAUUUAUAUGAUAUUGCAUUUGAUUUAUUUGAAAAAAGAACAUUUGUUCAACAACAAAUGACAACAGAACGUUUUACACAGUUUUUUGUAUUAAUUGCUGAAUAUCUUGUUGUUUCUUGUCAUAUAAAUCAUAAUCGAUCGAUAAAUUUUAAUAAUUUAUUACAAUCAUAUGUUGAAACAGUUCAUUAUUUAUGGUCCGAAGAACAGCGACAAAUCGAUGAAGAAAAACGUAUAUCAUCAAGUAUCUAUCGUCAUGAAAUAAGUGAACUUGAAAGUGAACAAGAUGAUUAUGAAUAUAAACGUUUAUUUCCAUCAUUUGACUCUGAAUUUCAAGAUUUUUUUCCAAUGAAUCAAAAUGUUGACAAUGAAGAUAUUAAACCAGAUGAAGAAAAAACACAAAAAUCUUCAAUUCUCCCAUAUUUUCUUCUAUAUGAAUAUUUUUCAUUAAUUCUUAAUAAUGAAAAAAAUUCUUUAAAUAAUUUUCUUCAACCAUUUUUCAAUAGUAUUUAUGAAUUUGGUGAAGAUAAUCGUUUAAUAACUCAUAUGAUUCGUCUAUCAAUUGAAUCCAAAGAGAAUUUCUCCAAUUAUAUUUUAAAUCUUAAUAAACCAUUUGAUAUUUAUCAAGAUUCCAAACCAUCAAUGAUAAUUGAAUGUUAUCCAUUAUUAUCUACAAUUGAACAACGUACAAUAAAUCUUUUAAUAACACAUGAAAAUCAUCCAACAUUAAAUGAAAUUCUUCUUGUUAUUAAACGUAUAAAAUCAUUUUCAAUAAAAAAUUCUUUAAUUAAAUUUCUCUAUGGUUUUGAUAUACUUUUUGAUAAAUUAAAUUAUUGGCAACAUACAUAUGCAUCGAAAACUCUUCAAACAACAUUUGAUGAACAAAUGGAACAAUUAACAGUAAUAAUAAUUAAAUUUCGUAAAUAUGAAUUUAAUUGUUACGAACAAUCAUUAUCAAUGAUUGAUUAUAAUCAACGUAAAACAACAAUUGAAAAUUGGUGGUUACAUUUAUUUGGUAUAAUGAAUUCGAAAAAUGAUUUAGUUUUAUUUGAAAAAAUUUUACAUGAAUUUAUUCAUAAAGCUACUCUUGGUGAUUUUCAAAUACGUUUAGAAAUUUUUCAAUUAUUUUCCAAAUAUUUUCAUAAUGAAAAUAUUUUAAUAUUAAAUUCAAUAUUAAAAUAUUAUCAACAAUUUUCUGAAUAUAUUGAAAAUGAAAAACAAAUUUUAAGAAAACCAAUUGAAAAUGAUAUUAAAAAAUUUUUAAAAAUUCAACAAUGGAAAGAUACAAAUUAUUAUGCACUUAAACAAUCGAUUGAUAAAUCACAUAAAUAUUUAUUUAAAUCAAUUAAAAAAUAUAAACAAUUACUUAAUCAACCAAUUGAAAAAUAUUUUUCAACAUAUCAAAUUAAGUUUCAAGAUGAUAAUCAAGAUUUUUUCCGUUUAAUACAAAUAAGAUAUAAUAAAAAAUUCUUUAAUUUAAAUUCAACUACAUUAUUUAAUUCAAUUAAAAGUGAUACCAAUUCUCUUAAACAAUUGUCAACAACAAUUAGUUCGAUGAAUAUUAAAACAAAUGAUCGAAAAGAACUUAAACAGUUAUAUACAGAAAAACGUCAAUUGUUAACACAAUUAUUUAAAAAAUUAACAUCAAUUGGUUUAGCAUUUCGUAAAGGUUUAGUAUAUUUAAAUAAACAAACAUUAAAUACAAUUGAAUCCGUUGAAUUAAAAUAUUUUGAAAUUAAUUUAAAACAUAAUUAUGGAAUCAUUGAAACAAAGAAAAAGAAAAAAUUAAUUAUUGAAAAUCGUUCAGAUACAUUAGAAAAAUUUUCUGGAAUUUUUCUACAAACAGAUAAAAAUUAUUAUAAAAUUCUUUAUCAACAUCAUCAAUUGAAAAUUCAUUCACAAAAAAAUUCUAUUGAUCCAGUUAUAUAUCAACGUAUACAAGGUUUUACCGAACAUUUAAUAAAAUUAAUUUAUCAACAAAAAAUUCUUUUAAAUUCAUUUUUAAAACAAUAUCAAGAAUUUUCAAAACAAUUUAUUAUUUAUUCAAAACAAAAUUUUCAAUAUCAAUUUAAAGAUUUAAAUCAUGUUGAUCAAUUAUAUCAUUUAACAAGUUCAUUAAUUGAAAGAAGUUAUUCAUUUUUAUUAAUUAUUCGUUCAAUACCAUCAAAUUCAGCGGAAAAUAUUCCAAUUAUUGAUAAAUUACCGAAUUAUAUACAAUUAUUAAAUACAAAUGAUUUCAAAGAUUUAUUAGAAAAGUUUUUAGAAAGAUUAUAUUUAUUAAUCGAGAAAUUAAAUCAAUUUUAUGAUAAUGUUAUUGAUUAUCAUCCAUUAUUAAAAGAUAUUAACAAUUUACAUCAAGAAAUUUGUUUAACCAAACAACAAAUACAAAAUGUUAUGGAAAAAUUAUUUGUCGAUGAAAAGAAUUUUCCAAAUGAUAUGUUUAUUGGACAAUUAGUUAAGAAUUUUAUUGAAAUUUAUGAACUAUUUUCACAAAUUAAUAUUCUUAAACAAGAAAAAGAUUCAAUUCCAUCGGUCAAUUCAAAACCAAUACGUCGUUAUACAAAACGUUUAAUAACCACAUUGAGUGAUAUAUCUUCGAUAACUCCACCAACUGAUUCAACAUCUUCCAUGUGGCUUGUUCAUAUUUAUAAUUCUUUUAAUAAUUAUAUAACUCAAUUUGAUCUUCCAAAUUUAACAAAAUUAAUUCCUAAAUCAAUAACAUCAAAAUCAAUAACAUUCUUUCAUCAAAUACAUUUAUUAGUUGAACAAUUAUUAUAUCGUUUUAUAUAUUAUCAUUAUUCGACAUCACAAAUCUAUUUAUCAUUAAGUAAUACAUUUAUAAGUUUAUUACGUGAUGGUUUUCAAAUGCCACCAGAAGAAAGUGAAGAUGAUAAAAAUGGUGAAGAACAAAAAACUGAAGGUGGUGUAUCUGGUAUGGGUGAUGGACAAGUAGGAAAAGAUGCUAAAGAUGUUUCAGAUCAAAUUGAAACAGAAGAUCAAUUAGAUGAAGCGAAAAUGCCUGGACAAGAAAAAGAAGAUAAUGAUGAAAAAACGGAUGAUCAACAAAAUGUUGAUGAAGAAAAAAAUGGUAUUGAAGUUUCAUUUGAUUUUGAAGCACCAGCGGAUGAUCCAUCAAAAGGAGAAAAUGAAGAUGAAGAAAACGAUGAUGAUGAAGAUAAUGCAAGUGAAACAAAUGAUGAUAAUAUUGAAGAUCAAAUGGGUGAUGUCGAUGAAGAUGAUCAAGGUGAAAUAUUUGAUGAGAAAAAAUGGGGUGACGAAGAUAAACAAGAUGAAGAAGACGAAAAAGAUGAAGAUAAAAAAAAACCAAAUGAAACUGAUAAAGCUACUGGCAAAGAUAAAGAAAAACGUGAGGGUCUUUCAGCUAAAGAUGAUCAAUUAGAUUUAGCUGAUGAAGAUAUUGAAGAUAAUCCUGAUGCAAAUACAAAUUAUGAUGAUCAACAAGUUGAAACAUCAAAUAAUGAUUUAAAUGCUGAAGAACCACCAUUAGAACUUCCAGAUAAUAUGGAUUUAGAUGGUGGUGAUGAAAAAGAAGAAGCAAAUGAAGAUAAUCCAGAUGAGAUAAAUCCUCAAGAAGAUGAAAAUACUGAAUUACCAAAUGAUGAAAAUAUGGAUAAUGAAGAGCAAAUCGAAGAAGAAGAAGGAGGAAAAGAAGAUGAAAAUGAUAAAAUAAAUUCAAGUAAAAAUCCAAUACCUGAUGAUAUUCCUGAUCAAGAACAAGAACAACUUGAACAAUCAUCUUUAACACAAGAUAAAACAUCAAAUAUUGAUUCCGCCAAUCAACCAAAUCAACUUGAAAAAACUUUUGCAAAUGCCGAAACAUUUGAAGAAGAACAAAAAAAACAAGAAAAUAUUGGUGAAUCAUCAUCAUCAACAAAAACAUCGCAAACACAACAAAUAUCAUCAAAUGAACAAAAUCAAUUAACACAACAAUUAGAUAAAAAUUUACAAACAGAAAAUAAUAAUAAAACAUCAAAUCAAUCCAAUGAACAACGAACAUUAAGUGAAAUAGCUUCAUUAAUUGAUAAAAAUUUAAAAGCAGCACUUGAUAUUGAACAACUUGAUGAAGAUGAAAAUAAGAUUGAUGAUAUACCACAAUUAGAACAAGAUGAUCAACAAACACAAAUUUAUGCACAUGCUAAAAAUAUUCCAAAAGAUCUUCAACAACAAAAACAAAUUCUUGAUUCAGCAACUGAUCAACAAGCAAAAAAUUUUAAUGAGCAAGAGAAUGUUGAAACAGCAGAACCUGAACCAAUGAUUAUUGAUAAUCAAGAAGAAGAAAAAGAAGAAGAACAAUCAAAACCACUAUCUUCAACAUUACAAAAAGAACCAAUAAAUAAAAAUAAAUCAUCUUCCAUACAUGAUCAACCAUCAUCAUCAGCAUUAACUGAAGAACAAAAUGAAAUGAUAACAAUUGAUAAACCUUAUAUUCCAACAACAACAGUUGAACAUCAAUUUGAUUAUACAGCACAUGUUAAACCAAUAACAAAUGAUUUAACUGAACAAAUUGAAUAUCAAUUAGAAGAAUGGUAUACACAUUCAAAUGAAAAUCUUCCAGAUGAAGGUAAUAAUGCUGAACAACUUUGGACACAAUUAGAAUAUCUAACACAACCAUAUGUUUUUGAAUUAUGUGAACAACUUCGUCUUUUACUUGAACCAACACAACGAACAAAAUAUUCAGGAGAUUAUCGAACUGGAAAACGUUUAAAUAUGAAACGUAUUAUUUCAUAUAUAGCAUCGGAUUUUCGUAAAGAUAGAAUUUGGUUAAGACGUUUAAAACCAUCGAAAAGACAAUAUCAAUUAAUAUUAGCUAUUGAUGACAGUCAAUCGAUGGAUAAUUUACAAGUUAAACGUUUAGCUUUAGAAUCUUUAAUUUUACUUGGACAAACAUUAAAUUUAUUAGAUAUUGGACAAUUUGGUAUUGUUUCAUUUGGACAAUAUAUUAAAACAUUACAACCAUUAAAUCAAACAUUUAAUCAUGAAAAUGGUAUUCAUGUACUUAAACAAUUGAAAUUUGAUCAAACUAAAACACUUUUAGCAGAUCUUAUGGAAUCAGUUACACAUACAUUCAGUAAAGAAAAAAUUCAGACAUCAAAUCCAUUAUCUCAAUUAUUAAUAAUUUUAUCUGAUGGUCGUGGUUUAACUGUAUCGGGUAAAGAUCGUUUAUUAAAAAGUGUUCGUCAUGCUAUGUCACAAAAUAUAUUCAUUGUUUUUGUUAUUCUUGAUAAUAUUAAUCAUGAAAAAUCUACAUCAAUCUUUCAAAUAAAUGAAGCUAUAUUCAAUGGUGAUAAGGUGGAAUUUCGUUCAUAUUUGGAUAGCUUUCCAUUUCCUUAUUAUUUAGUAAUACAAAAUUUGGAAAUGUUACCCCGUGCUUUAAUUGAUGUAUUAAGACAAUUUCUUGAAUUGACUACUACUAAUAACAACAGCAAUCAGUGA